AUGUCCAAGACCAAAUCUACCACCAAGGCCAACAAGGCUACCGAUAAGGUCCUGUCCAAGGUCAAGGAUGCUGGUGUCACUAAGCCUUCUCAAUCACCCAAGGCUAAGAGCAAGGAAAUUGCUCGCAAGCUGAAGACCAAGGGGGAGAAGGCUGCUCUCAAGAAGAAGGAGCCUACUCCCAGCUCCGAGUCCGACUCUGACUCUGACGAGGAUAUGAAGAGCGCUUCUUCCAGUGAGAGUGAGAGUGAGAGUGAAGAGGAGAAGAAGGAGACCAAGAAGCCUGGAAAGGCUGCUGCUAAGAAGGAAGAAUCAUCCGAAUCUGAAUCCGAGUCUGAGUCGGAAUCUGAGGAAGAGAAACCUGCACCAAAGGCCAAGAAGGUUGCAGCUAAAGAGGAGUCUUCCGAGUCUGAGUCUUCUGAAUCCGAGUCUGAAUCUGAGGAGGAAGUGAAGAAGACCGACAAGAAGGCUGGAGCCAAGGUUGCCGCUGAGGAAGAGGCUUCCAGCGAUGAAUCUGACUCCUCUGAGAGCGAGUCUGAGGCCAAGGCCGACAAGGAAUCUGAAUCCGAAUCCGAGUCUGACUCGGACUCUUCUGAGUCUGAGGAAGAGAAGGAGGCACCCAAGAAGCGUAAGGCCGAGGAGGAGCCUGCUACGAACGCUAAGAAGUCCAAGACUGAAUCUGCUGACAACUCUCCCAACCUUUUCGUCGGCAACCUUUCAUGGAACGUUGAUGAGGAGUGGCUCCGUCGUGAGUUUGAGGAAUUCGGUGAACUCAGUGGUGUUCGUAUUAUGACUGAACGUGAGAGUGGUCGUUCUCGAGGAUUCGGUUACGUUGAGUAUGCCGAUGCCUCCAGCGCCAAAGCUGCCUACGAGGCCAAGAAGGAUGCUGAGAUCGAUGGCCGCACUAUCAACCUUGACUACGCUAAACCCCGUGAUGCCAACAACCAGGCCCCCAGAGAGAAGGCUCAGAACCGUGCCCGCUCAUUCGGCGACCAGACCAGCCCUGAGAGCAACACCCUCUUCGUUGGCAACCUUGUUUUUGGUGUUGAUGAGAAUGCUGUCCGUGAGGUCUUCGAAGGACAGGGACAAAUCCAGGGAAUCCGUCUUCCUACCGACGCUGAGACUGGUCGCCCUAAGGGUUACGGCUAUGUCGAAUUCUCAUCUGUCGAUGAGGCUCGCCAGGCCUUGAACGACCUCCAGGGUACUGAUAUUGGCGGACGUGCCAUUCGUCUCGACUUCAGCACUCCUCGUGCCCAGGGUGAUGGCAACCGAGGCGGCCGCGGUGGUCGUGGUGGUUUCGGCGGCCGCGGUGGUGGCCGUGGCGGUCAACGCGGUGGUCGCGGUGGCUUCGGUGGUCGUGGCCGUGGUGGUGCUACCGGUGCCAACACCACCAACCGUGGUGGAUUCGGAGACUUCUCUGGCAAGAAGAUCUCAUUUGACUAA